GGCAUCUUCACUGCGCGCAGUUUCUUUGCCAAGAACCAAGUACGAGACGGGGGCUAACACUCGCUGACUCCUAAGGCGUAAGGACUGAACGGUAACAAAACAUACCAUGCCAAGUUAACAAAGACCACUCAUACCGCGACCUUCAACACAGUCAUUGAAACAGAGCGCGUGAAGAUACUCUCAUAUGCCGCCGGCCAGCCGCGAUAGGUUCACCAUUCAUUCGAAAGCAGUGGUGUGUCAAGAUGUGGACAUGAAAGGCGACAUCACCAUCGGUGCCGGCACUAUUGUUCACCCCAAGGCGACCAUAUUCGCCGCAAGCGGUCCGAUAGUCAUAGGUUCUGGCUGUAUUAUUGAAGAAGGGGCUAUCGUUCUCAACCGACGAAAAGAAGUUAUGCGAAUAGGUGAUGAUAACCUUUUCGAGAUAGGCUGCCGUGUUGAAUGUCCUAUGGCAAAUUUUAACACCAUCUGCACCCGCGCGAGAAUACACUACACGACGAGACUCUCAUCCUAUUGCGUUGUAGGCGCGGGAUGUCUUGUUGUGGCCACUGAAGAAGAGAUCCUGGACGAGUACACGGUUAUAUACGGUCCCGGGGCGGAGCGACGGAUAUGGAGUGGCCGAGGCAGGCUGCAAGAGGCGGACCUUAGGAAGAAGCACGCCGAAUACUUGCGAGAAAUGCUCCCCUAAGUUCAACAGGCUCAGGCGAGGAGACGGAGCGUGAUUUUUGUUCUUGUUUUGUAGUCUCUUUCUUUGCAUGUUGUAUGUUGUACACGGAAUUUAGGAGCAUCUCUUCCGAGUGGCUUUGUGGCGCGGGAUAAGCGCCUGGCUGCGU